AGGAGCGGUCCCAGCUGUGGUUCUGCCACUCCGGGGAUUGCCCGUUCGUCAUAGGCUGCAUGAGGUGCCUUUUGGAUGACGUCCCGAUCGAUGACGUCGUGCAGGCGAUCCAGGAUCCCGAGCACCGACCACGCUGGGACUCCGAGUCGUUCAAGACUUUCGAGCUGGUUAGGCCGCACGACCUCUCGGACCCCACGAGAGAGGACGCCAUCUUCACCGUGAUGCCCGCGCCGCGCCCCGUGCGCGACCGCGAGAUUCUGCAGAAUCGGUGGCAGGUGGCCCUCCCCGGUGGCGGAGGCGGGCAGGCGCUGAUCAUGCAGUCCUUCGAGGACAACGAGCUGAGGGCGCCCGACGCCCAGCGGGUGCGCGCUUUCACCCACCUCUCAGGCUACAUCCUGCGGCCCCUGCAGGCCUCCGGCAGCCAGGUUUCACCAUCGCGGCCGAGUUCUCUGGAGGUCGUGGUGAUCUCCCAGUGCGAUCUGGGCGGCGCUCUCCCCGGCUGGUUCCAGAACUUGGCGCGGCGACUCGCAAAGAGGCGCGCGGUGAACUGGGCGCACAAGCUCGGGGAUCACUGCCGCUCCCUGCGGCGAGAAGCUGCAGCCCCGUGAGGCGCCGCUGCGUCUGUCGGCCAGGGGCAUUGUGUCUGAUGUUUUUUUGUCUUCGCGCGCACACUGACGUGUCCAGCAGGUGUGUGAUCGCGCGCCAGUGCCCGAGUCCGUUAUCGACACGACCGCGCCCUGCGUUUGCGCUUGCUCGCUCGCACACGGUGAUUUGCAUGGAGUGUUUGUAGGCGGAGAGGUCCGACCACGUCAUUUGUGACGUACGAUAUUGCACAGCUUCUGGUAGGGAGAAUGCACCGUUUGUGCAAUUCGCACGGUGAUGCAUCGAAGCCAGGAACAUCGCCGUGGAAUGAGGCCAUGCUGGGCAUGGGACGAUAUCGGUGCAGCAAGCAUACUUGCGGAGCUUCUUGGAGUGGGGCAGGUGUUCGGUGAGGAUUUCGAUCCGUUUGGAGGCUGGAGGGCAGUUGAUGUUUCAGGUGCAGUGGUUGUUCCGUCAGGGCAGUUUAUGUCUGAGGUGCACUUGAUGCUUGAGUGCAUUGAUGCAUUAUGAGCUUCAUGUUGGGAUCUCCAGUUCGAGCGUGUGUGGCAGUGCUGCGGUCGGGGUCAGCUUCUGCUCAUGUCUCGCCGAGCAGUGCUCGAGCCCUCUGCCACGCAAUAGCCCGGCCCAGGUGUCCCCACUGACACCGCCGGUCGCACCUGAAAUGGCUGCGCUGCCAUCGCCGUCCCUCCCUACGCAUGCUCUUUGCCCGCAUGGCAGAAUACCUUUCUCCGCAUUCUUCGGAUAAUCUAAUGGCAGAAUUCCUUUUUUCCCGAAUGCCAAAUACGCUGGGAAAAGGCUG